UGCUACUUGUCUGUUAUUUUAUAAAUUGUGAGUUUGUAGUUUUUAUUUCGUCCGGAUAAAAUGCUAGAAAUUACCACUCAUUGGCAACUCCUGGACGGAAAUCUUCAGGAUGUGAUUAAUAUAGUUUACCUUGAUGGCAAAUCCCCAGAGUUCCCGGACUUCCCAACGGACAUUGUCGAUGAAGCCCGUACGAUUGUCCUGGAGCGUGCUGGAGAUGAGGAUCAAUGUAGUCUCAAUAUCCGGUCAAUGAAUAAUCUCAUAAUGUCAGUGAGCUUUGCCGUUUCCUAUUGCAAAAGGGCAGAAAUCUUCACUGGAAUCUCUUCUGUCUACCGGGAGACAAUCAAUGGGGCUGUCUACAGUGAGAUUAAUGAAUUGGAUGUCUACAGGUAUGACAUGAAGUUCGACAAAGGAGAGUCUCUCAUUACAAUAAAGUUGAUUCCUCAGGAUAGUACAAUUGUCAUCUUUGGGGUUUUCAUCAAUGCUGUUGAGCGUCUGCGGGAACCAAGUUCCUUCCCUCUGGGAGUGGAUUUUUCCAAUGUGGAAGAACUGCUUAAGAGUUCAGGAGUUGAGAUUUCAGAAAAUGCCCAGAAAUGCAAGAACUUCCUUCAAAUGGCCAUGGCAAGAGCGAAUGUCGCUAAAAAUGUUCCAAGGUGUACAUCAGCUGCCCAGAAUCUACCCUCAGCUUCACCAAUAAACGAUGUUCAAGCAUUCCUGGAUCAACGACUGAAGAGCCUGGAGGAAAAUCUUACCCGGAAAAUCGAAGAGAAGUUUGAGGAAAUGGAAAAGCGACAAAAUGAAAAACUUUCAGAAAUUCUUAAAGAAAUUCAAUGUCUUCAGAUGAACAAAUGAAUAAGAAAAUACAUUUAUAAAUUAUUCUAUUGA